AUGAGCUCUGAAGAUGAACAUAGUCGUGCUCUAGCAACUUAUGCACAAAAAGUUCGUGAACAUAGAGACUUAGAAGUAAAGCUUAAGAAAAAGAGGCUCGAAAUAAAGGAAUUGAGUAAGAAUUAUGAGAAGACCGAAGAAAAUCUGCGUGCAUUGCAGAGUGUAGGUCAAAUAAUAGGGGAAGUCUUACGUCAGCUUGAUAAUGAGAAAUGCAUAGUGAAGGCUUCAACAGGUCCUAGAUAUGUAGUAGGAUGUAGAUCUAAACUAGAUCGGAAAAAAUUAGUUUCUGGUACAAGAGUAGCUUUAGAUGCAACAACAUUAACUAUAAUGCGGAUAUUACCACGUGAAGUAGAUCCUAUGGUAUAUAAUAUGUUACAUGAAGAUCCAGGUAGUGUAACCUAUUCUCAAGUUGGUGGUUUAAAUGAACAAAUUCGUGAGAUACGUGAAGUGGUUGAGUUACCUUUAACUAAUCCUGAAUUAUUCAAAAGAGUAGGAAUUAAAACUCCCAAAGGAGUUUUGUUAUAUGGUCCACCUGGAACCGGGAAAACUUUGUUAGCUAGAGCUAUGGCAUCAUCUAUGAGUUGCAGUUUUAUGAAAGUUGUAGCUUCUGCAAUUGUUGAUAAAUAUAUUGGUGAAAGUGCUAGAGUUAUCCGUGAAAUGUUUGGAUAUGCAAAAGAACAUCAACCUUGUGUUAUUUUCAUGGAUGAAAUAGACGCUAUAGGAGGUAAGAGGUUUUCUCAAGGUACAUCUGCAGAUCGUGAAAUUCAAAGAACUUUAAUGGAAUUACUUAAUCAACUAGAUGGUUUUGAUGAAUUGGGAGCUGUGAAGAUUAUUAUGGCAACUAAUAGACCUGAUGUAUUAGAUCCUGCCUUGUUAAGACCGGGGAGAUUAGAUAGGAAAGUUGAAAUUCCACUACCUAAUGAGACAUCUAGGGUUGAAAUUCUUAGGAUUCAUGCUGAAAAACUCUCUAAACAGGAUAAUAUUGAUUAUGAUUCUAUUUGCAAGCUUUGUGAUGGAUUUAAUGGAGCUGAUUUGAGGAAUGUCUGUUCAGAAGCUGGGAUGUUUGCUAUUAGAGCUGAGCGUGAUUAUGUUAUUGAAGAAGAUUUCUACAAAGCUUCUAGGAAGUUAGCUGAAAAUAAGAAAUUAGAAGGGAAGUUAGACUAUGAUAAAGUUUAA